ACACAAGUGUCUGAGUUGAAGAGAAACUGGAGCAGAUGGUUGAGGAAAACAGUGGUGACUGUUUCUCCACAGAGACACUGAUGGAGGCACAGAUGGAGAAACUGAAGGAAUUUGAGGAAAUUAAGAGGAAAGCCAAUUUAUUGCAGAUGCAAGAUUCAAGAGAAAGAGAAGUUGAACUGAGGAUUGUGCUAUUGGGAAAAACUGGAGUUGGAAAAAGUUCAACUGGAAACACCAUCUUAGGAAGAAACACAUUUAUUUCAGAUAUUUCUCUAAAAUCUGUUACUGAAGGGUGUCAGAAAGAGACGUAUGAAAUCAACGGCAGACACAUUACUGUGAUCGACACUCCAGGACUGUUUGAUACUGAUCUCAGUAAUGAAGAAACCCAGAGAGAAAUCAGCAACUGUAUCUCUAUGAGCCUGCCUGGACCACACGUGUUUCUCUUAGUGAUUCCAGUGAGACGAUUCACUCAAGAAGAUGCAAAAUCACUGAAGAUCAUCCAAGAGAUGUUUGGUGAAAACUCUUUAAAGUACACCAUAGUGCUCUUCACCAGAGGAGAUGAUCUGCAGAACAAAACUAUUGAAGAGUUUCUGGCAGAACCCGGAUCUCCUUUGAAUCAGCUGAUUGAAGCAUGUGGAAACAAAUACCAUGUGUUCAAUAAUAAAGAGAGUGAAGACCAAACACAGGUGACUGAUCUACUGCAGAAGAUAGACAACAUGGUGAAGACAAACGGAGGGAGUUACUACUCGUGUAAGAUGUUCAGAGAGAUGGAGAGAGAAAAACAAGACAAACAGAUGAAGAUCAUGAUGGAAAGAGUGGAACAUGUGAACAGAGAAAAAGAAGAACUGAUGAACAAACAUAAAGAAGAGAAAGAGAGGAUUAAGAUGAUGAUGGAGGAAGAAAGACAGAAUCAUGACAAAGAGAGAAAAAGGAUAGAAGAAGAAUUUAGAGAGAGAGAAGAACAAUAUAAAAGAGACAUUAAAGAAAGAGAAGAACAAGAGCGAAAGAUACGAGAGGAGCUGAAGAGAGAACGAGAGGAAUGGGAGAAACAGAAACAACAGGAAAAACAAAGAAGAGAAGAAGAGGAGGAGAAAUGGAGAAAGAAAGAACAGGCAAUGUGGGAUGAAUGUAAUCAGAAACGUAAACAAGAGAGAGAGAGAAUGGAAAGAGAGAAAGAAAAUCUUCAAUCCAAACAUGAAGAAGGGAUGAAGAAAAUGAAGAUGAUGAUGGAUGAGGAAAGACAGAAUAAUGAUAAAGAGAGAAAGAGAAGAGAAGAGGAAUUUAGAGAGCGAGAAGAACAGAAUAAAAAUGAGAUACAUAGAGAACGAGAAGAAUGUGAGAGACUGAAACAAGAAGCAAGACAAUUAAGAGAAGAAGAGGAUGAGAAAAGGAAAAAGAAAGAACAGGAAAUGUUGGAAAACUUUGAUCAGAGACUUAAACAAGAGGAAGAGAGAAGUCAGAGAGAGAAAGUAGAUCUUCAGCUCAAAUAUGGAGAGGAGAUGAAGAGAAUGAAGAUGAUGAUGGAAGAAGAAAGACAGAAUCAUGAUCAAGAGAGAAAGAGAAGAGAAGAUGAACUUAGGGAGAGAGACGAACAGAAUAAAGCAGAGAUGAAGAGAGUGCAAGAGGAAUGGGAGAAACAGAAACAUGACGCAAGACAAAGAGAAGAAGAGGAGGAGAAACGGAGAAAGAGAGAACAGGAAAUGUGGGAGGAAUAUAAUCAGAGGCUUAAACAAGAGAUAGAGAGAAUGAACAUGAAGAUGCAGGAAGAAAGACAGAAUCAUGAUAAAGAGAGAAAGAGAAGAGAAGAAGUGAAUGAGAGGAGGAAGAAAGAACAGGAAACAUGGGAUGAACGUGUUGUUGGGCCUUAUGUAACAAGGUCAGAGAGGUAA